UAAAGGGCGGGGGGAGCGGCUCGGUCCCUCGCCGGGUGCUGCGCAAGGGCUGGGCUCGUUCCUGCUGCCCGCUCCGGAGCGAUGCUGCGAGUGCGGUGCCUGCGCGGAGGGAGCAGGGGGGCCGAGGCGGCGCAUUACAUCGGGUCCUGGCUUGGAAGAUCCUUUACAGGAUGGGUGCAGCGAACUUUCCAGAGCACCCAGGCAGCUGCUGCCUCCCAGAAUUCCUGUGCUGUUGAUGACAAUAAGGCCACUGCCCCUGUUCCAGAGGACUGCCCUGUCUGCUCAUACAAUGAAUGGGACCCCCUGGAGGAAGUGAUUGUGGGGAGAGCUGAAAAUGCCCGUGUCCCUCCUUUUUCUGUGGAGGUUAAGGCCAACACAUAUGAAAAGAACUGGGAAUUCUAUCAGAAGUUUGGAGGACACAGCUUCCCCAGAGAUCACUUAAAAAAGGCUAUUGCUGAAAUUGAGGAAAUGUGCAAUAUUCUGAAAAUGGAAGGAGUAAUUGUCAAGAGGCCUGAGCCAAUUGACUGGUCAGUCAAAUAUAAAACACCUGACUUUGAGUCUACAGGUAUGUAUGCUGCCAUGCCAAGAGACAUCUUGUUGGUAGUUGGAAAUGAAAUUAUCGAAGCACCAAUGGCUUGGCGUGCUCGUUUCUUUGAAUACAGAGCAUACAGGCCAGUCAUCAAAGACUACUUCCACCGGGGUGCCAAGUGGACGACUGCACCCAAACCCACAAUGGCUGAUGAACUCUAUGACCAGGAUUACCCCAUCCACUCCGUACAAGACCGACAUAAACUGGCUGCUCAGGGAAAAUUUGUGACAACUGAAUUUGAGCCGUGCUUUGAUGCUGCUGACUUCAUUAGAGCUGGAAGAGAUAUUUUUGUGCAGAGAAGCCAGGUUACUAACUAUUCAGGCAUUGAGUGGAUGCGGAGACAUCUUGCACCAGAAUAUAGAGUUCAUACUUUGUCCUUUAAAGAUCCUAAUCCUAUGCAUAUUGAUGCCACGCUUAACAUCAUUGGGCCUGGUCUUGUGCUGUCCAACCCAGAUCGUCCGUGCCACCAGAUUGAAUUCUUCAAGAAAGCAGGCUGGACAGUGAUUUCUCCUCCACUGCCACUUAUCCCAGAUGACCACCCAUUAUGGAUGUCUUCAAAAUGGCUCUCCAUGAACGUCUUAAUGCUAGAUGAAAAACGAGUGAUGGUGGAUGCCAAUGAGACUCCAAUUCAGAAGAUGUUUGAAAAUCUAGGCAUUUCUACAAUUAAAGUGAAUAUUCGCCAUGCCAAUUCCUUGGGAGGUGGUUUCCAUUGCUGGACAUGUGACAUUCGCCGCCGUGGUACCUUACAGUCUUAUUUAGACUAGUCUUCAGCAGAUGAGCAACCAUGGUUCAGCUUGUAUGAAAUAAGCCUAGGCAAUGAACAAAUUUACUUCCACUUUUCUGCUAAAACAAAUGCAUGAGCUGUAGUGCUUAAGCAGUGGUGUCCCUUACAGUGGUCUGAACAGAUACUCCACUCUUCAUUUUUUUUAAUUAAUAAGUAAAAAGUGAUUUUAUUAAAUACAUAGUAGGCAGAUGCAUUUGAAAUUACUCCCAUCAGCACCACAGGUCUUCUGGCUGGCUUUUUGAAAGAUUUUCCUCUGUUUGUGAAGCCACUUCAGCAUGGCUUCAAAAGUAAAAACUUGACAAUACAUCUAAGGCUCUUGCUAGAAUAGCUUGACCACUAAUAUUAGACGUCUACCUCUAUCUAAUAUUCUAUCAAAAAGGCAGCUAGAAAUGUUAGACCUGAGUUUAACAUUCAUUUUUCUUUCCAUUCAGUGUUUGUGUGUGUGUGUGUGCGUGUGUGUAUAUAUCAUAUUUUUUAAUACUAUUAAAACAGAUUUAACCACCCAAAGCUUACAUGGAGCCAGAUAAUUACAUCAUUAUGUAUAACACUCUUUAGAUUAGUUGGAUUAUACAAGCAUUAAAGGAAAUUCUUCAGAAUUAUAUUAAUCCCCUCAGUUAUACUUUGAAAAAAUCUGGUUUUUUUUACUUAUUUCCCUUGUUCCAAAAGUUUCUACUACGUUUUCCUCUUCUAGAGUAUUUUAUCCAAACGUAUAAUGCUUCACUGACCACUUUUAUAUUGCUGUAACUGGUUCUGUUACUUAACUCUUCACGUGUGCAAUGUGAUACCUGAGAUGCUUUGUCUGCAAGUUUCAUCUUGUGACUGUUUACAUAAAAUUUAUGGUUUCUUAAUAAACUAAAGCUGAUAAGCAAAUGCUGGAUCUGUAAUGAGAGCACACAUGAUGCUGAGAAACAGUUUUAAUGUUGAUUACUGGACAUGUAUUUUUUAUGCUAAUAAACUUUUUUGCAUUCAUGAGAUGAGUAAA